AUGCCCGGCAAGACCAAACUCCGCAUCGCCCGCCCCGUGACGGACAUCGAGGCGACGUCGGAGCAGUACAGGGGCGCGUUCGGCCUCGCCGUCAUCUUCACCUUCAAGGACCACGAUGGAUUCGACGGCGUCAUGCUCGGGCACAAGGACCACGACUGGCACUUCGAGUUCACGCACUCGCAUACGCACGCCAUUGCACCGACCCCGACCGUUGAAGACCUCGUCGUGUUCUACUACCCAGACGAGAAGGAGUGGAGCGCCGUCGUUGCCAAGGCCGAGUCCUUCGGGUUCAAGAAAGUCAAGAGCUUCAACCCGUACUGGGACGCCAAUGGGGUGACGGUCGAGGACAGAGAUGGGUACCGUGUUGUCAUUCAGCGGGCAGAGUGGUCGCUUUGA